AUGCAUCCACUCCUUGUGACUUAUUUGAAAUGAAACUAUAUUGUUCUUCUUUAUUACUACUUCUUUGUCUCACAUCUCUGCUAACUGUCCCUAUUAUGCAUCCUGCUACUUUCUUCUCUUGCUUUAUGUGUUACAUGGAGUGUGGCGACUUGAAGUGCCGCACAUAUGUGCAGAGUUCUACGUCGAAAACAGACAGAAAAACGUAGCAUCAAUGUAUUACAUUAUCUGUUAGCGUAUGUAGCAUACAGAAGUCCAGACUAUUCGUCUUGGGUCCUUAAGAUGCUAAGAAUAAAUAAAUACAGACUGUUUGUGACAUGGUGUGAUGUCGUCCACAACAGCACCGUUGUAUUCACUUCUUUAAACUCGUGAUCGUUUUCACCGGUUUUUGUUAGAUUAUGCUCUAUCACUCAUUAGUUCUGUUGUGAUUUGAGCAUAUAUAUGUCUAUGCGGAACUUCACAUUGGUUUAUCUUUUAUAUCAUGUGAACAUCCGUCCAACUGGUUUCGGUUCUAAAGAAACACUAAGCCACCAGGGCAAUAUACAUAGUGCACGCUGAAGCCACCUCAGUCUAUUUUUUGUAGGUGUUGGUAGUUGGAAGCAGACUAUGUUUCGAAGAGGUAUCAUUUCACAAGGGAAGAGUGAGAAGCUUUUCACUAAAGAGUCUAAAUCUAGUCUUAGCCGAUCGGACGCACACAACGGUUUUCAUUGCCCAAAUAUAUCUCAAUGUACGCUGACAGUACUCCCGAAGAUACCCAAAUGAUAAGACUUCUCUGCUAUUUGUAUCCGUUCACUCAGAGGUAUGCUUCUGCCAAAAAUGUCACAUAUUAUGCUUACAGGUUUUGAUAACGCGUGGUUUGGAUGACCUGCAUGUUACCGCAUAAACCAAGACAGAUUUUAGCGCACUUGUCCCAUGGGCAACGGCCAGAAGGCCAACAUUUCCAUCUGUAACUCAGACCAACAAUUCAUUAAAUAAUGAUAGCACGCUUACUGAAGCAAUGUGUUUUUAUCAAUCUGGUUUUCUCCUAAACCCCUAAUGGUAUGUCUGAUUAGACUGUAUCACAGCCUGUGAAAUGGUCAUCUCAGUUCAUGCAUUUAUAAAGGUUUGUCAAAAUGAGUAUUUCUUUUACUUCUUAAUAUUUGUUAUAAUAAAGGUUUUUGUAUUUCCCAAUGAAUGAAAAACAAAACGAGAUUGUUUUUACUGACGUUUCGCCAUUUAAUGCUAAUAGCUUUCUCAAAGUAUUAUUAAACAGAAAUUUACAAAAUCUCAGCAUAUAUAUAUAUGUAUAUAUGUAACAAAGAGUUAAGGGGUGAGAAAAUAGACUAUUUAGGUCAAGUUAAAGGGACGUAUAGAAAGUCAGAAUAGUAAUGAAGAUCACUAAACCAAAUAACAAAGGUAAUAGUACAUCUGUUAUGAUAACAAAACAAAGUUUACUAACUUGAUCAUCGUUCGCCAGUCUGGGGUCAUUUUUCGUUGUAAAGUUGGUCAAUUGGUAGAGAUAACAAAACCAAGUGUAGAUUGUUGGAUUUGAUCAGUGUGUAAAAUUAUAAAAGCAGUGUGUGUUUAUAUAGAGAACUUGAUUGUCACAUUCGUGUUGAUUUUGUCACUUCAUGGGGGAGGUAGGUUCUGUUUUAGUCCAUCAUUCUUAUUCAGGCAAUUUGGAUUCCACUUGAUAUGAAAGGGCUUCUGAUAUUAGACAUUCUUUGUGAUCUCUGAAAUGUUUUCUCUGGAUUAUUUCAAUGCUUUUGGAAUCAAUUUUGUGACCUGAUUCUAUAGCGUGUAGACCUAUGGCUGAUGAUUUUUCAAGCUUUUCUAGUUCAACUGGAUUUCUCAGUGGUCGAAGAGAUGCUCAACGGUGUUCAUUUCUUCUGAUUUUGAUUUCUCGAGAUGUUUGCCCGAUGUAUACCGCAUCACAUUCCAAGCAUUUUAUUUUAUAGACACAGUUAGAGAAUCUUUCGGGAUCGGUCUUUUAUACGGGCAAGGUUGCUUUGAAGAAAACUCUAACUCUUCUGACAUCGUCUGACGUCUCUGCUCUAUGUGGAACGACGACUGUUGAGUUCCAUGUUUUCGGAAUGCGUUAGUAGUUCUACAAUAAUUUUCUAAAUACAUUUGCUCUUAAAUUUAACACACUAUUCACUUCUGACCAUGUGUGCAUAGUCUAACGCUUUAUCAUUAGAGUUUUAGAUGAUGUCUUCUGUUUAUAUAUGUCGGAAUGCAGCACAAGCUUGUGGCAGGCUAUGAGAAUUAGUAAUACCAUUUAGCUUCCGCAACGAAUUCGGAACAUUUCUUGCGUUUGAGUUGUGAAAACUCCAAUGAUUGCCUGUGUUACACUCUCAAACCAAAGAAAUUGAUAUAACGACCCUAUAUGGGUGAUUUCUGAUUUGGUGAUUAUCUGUUAUGAUCUUUUUUGUUUUAAAUUAUCGCAGUUUAAACUGUGCACCUUUGCAGGGGGUUUUCUUUGUUAAACAAAAUCUAGAAGCAGUUAGUGUCUAUUACUCUUUGAAACUACUGCCAAUUCGACACUUGAGAAUUUAGCAGUGAUUGGAUUAGUAGUAACUUAAGUACUUGGUGAGGACAGCCGUCUUUCAGAUUGCAUUUAAUGUUCUUUUUUCUUAACGUUUAUGUAGCUUUUUGCACCUGUCUUUUUCAGUCAAUAAUGCGAUGGCUGUUCUCUAAGAGUUCUGGUUCCCAACGUGCUUUAGUAGAAAACAAAUUGAAGAUUAAAAAGAAGCCAUUAUUAUGGUCAUUAUUUUGCACCAAAAAGAGGUCAAGUGUAACAUCUGCAUUUCCCCUACGUGAGAAUGUUGAUAACAACAAGUCAAAAUGCGUUCGGCAACGUCGUAGAUCUAAGAUAUGCAAUAAAUUAGAUGCGACGCGUUUAUCAUCCUAUGAAUCUCUAUCAAAUAUCUUGAACAAUUCUGAAGAUGGAUCAAAAUGUGAAGAUCCAUCGUAUGCUUCACCACAACAAUGUUGUAAUGCAUUGCCAAUUGCUUUCUGUCCGACAUGCCACACGAAUGUCGUACCAGUGUUUGAGAAGGACAACUAUUCAAGUCCCAAGACUGCAUCCAACGAUAUUAAAAAUCAAAUAGCUGAUGUUUCUAAUGACUAUGCAAUUUAUGCUGUCUACGAAUCUGUUUACAAAAACAGUUUACUUUCUCUCGAUACUAAUAUGGAGUAUGGAUUUGUCGAGUGUGCAGAAGAUUAUGCUUUUAAUCGACAUGAUGCACCAAUGUACGUCUUACCAACUGAACCGUUAGCUUUCAGUACAAUCGAGCGUAGAGCUAUUAAUAUGGAUGACUGUGAAACUAUAUACGAUGAAGUGGCUUCAGAUAAUGAAGAAGACCCGGUGAAUUCCCUCUCGGGAUAUUACAAUACACAAAAUCAUUUAGUUAUGCCAAAGCAAAACAGCAAACCAUUUCGUAAACGUGGUGCUAACCCUGAUUCUGAUUCCUACCAAGAAGUGAAACGAAUCAGGCGGGAGGUGUUUGUUUGUGAAGAAUAA